UGGCUAUUCCCCUCCUUGUUCAUUGUACCACCCUCCGGAAGCCCAAGAUGAAUGUCAUGGCAAAUUCGCACCUUGUUCACAGUACCAUCCUCCACAAUCUAUCUCUAGUCCUCCUCAUUUGCUUACUCCUUGGGUACAACUGUGAAGCUAUGAGCAGGAAGGCUGAAAAGGCAGCACUUCUAAGCCUUGCGAGACACUGGGACAUCAAGUGGAGGAGAUCCAUCGUGGACAGAGGCCACUGUAAUUGGGAAGGGAUCAGUUGUACUCAGGAGGGCUUUGUUGAAGGUAUUUCACUCAGCUUCUACAAUCUUGCCAAGCCAAUUCCGUCAGAAAUUUGCUCGUUCAAGAACCUUACAUACAUUAACCUUUCGUCCAACAAGAUUCCAGGUUCUUUCCCUACGGUGCUUUUCAGUUGCUCAAGCCUUGAGUUUCUAGACAUCUCAUACAAUUCUUCUGUUGGUAGUCUCCCAUUAAAUAUUCAUUUACUGUCAAAAACGAUUGCCCACCUUAACCUUGAAUCCAAUAGUCUAUCUAGCAGUAUUCCAAGUUCAAUCAUCCAGCUUUCAUCUCUAGAAGUUCUGAAACUAUCUUUCAAUCCCUUUGAUUCACACAGAAUCGAUCCACAGCUUGGAAAUUUGACAAACCUAGAAGAAUUGUCAAUGAGUUCUAUGAAUAUAGUUGGUGAAAUUCCAGACACUAUAGCCAAGCUGACCCGACUUAGAACCUUAGAUUUGUCUUCUAACACACUGAAUGGGACAAUACCGACUGGGAUUUGGAGCAUGCAGAAUCUAGAGUUCCUUGAUCUACACAGUAACUCUCUGUCCGGUCGCAUACCAGAUGAUUUCUGUAAGCUCAAGAAUUUGUCCCAACUUAGAACCUUAGAUUUGUCUUCUAACACACUCAAUGGGACAAUACCUAGUGGGAUUUGGAGAAUGCAGAAUAUGAAAUUGCUCGAUCUACACAACAACUAUCUAUCUGGUCACAUACCAGAUGAUCCCCGUGAGCUCAAGAAUCUAUCCCCACUUACAACCUUAGAUUUGUCUUCUAACACACUUAAUGGGACAAUACCUACUGUGAUUUGGAGAAUGAAGAAUCUGGAACGCCUCGAUCUACACAAUAACUCUCUAUCCGGUCGCAUACAAGAUGAUUUCUUUAAGCUCAAGAAUCUAUUCCAUCUGUUAUUGAACGAAAAUCUUCUAUGCGGCCCACUACCAGAAAACGUUACACAGUUACAAUUAACCUCCAUCUUCCUCGAUUUCUCUAGUAACGAACUGAUGGGCAAGCUUCCAUCCCCUUUCGAGAUUAGCAGAUUUGAACAGAGCUUUCUUUCCAAUCCUGGCUUAUGUUCCUCCAACCACUUUGGAAACCUUCCUCCAUGCACCAGAUUGCACUUGAAGAUGCUUGUAAUUAUUAUCCUCGUCUUUGGUUCAGCCAUUCUCAUAUGCACAGGGCUGAUUGGUUUAACUAAGAUCAAGGCAUUUUUCUCAAAGGAAAAGGACGAUGCCCCAUCUCCACAGUGGAAACUGACGGCCUUCCAAGCUAUUGAUUAUGACAUUCAAGACAUCCUUUGCAACCUCAUUGAUACAAACCUUGUCGGCAGCGGUGGCUCAGGAAAGGUAUAUAAGAUCUGCCUUGGUAACAGAAACGGCGGGGUUAUAGCUGUCAAGCAAAUAUGGUGUAGUAGUGGUGAACUGGAACAUGAUGUGCUGGAAAAACAGUUUCAAGCUGAGAUUGAGAUUCUUGGAUCCAUCCGACACGCCAAUAUCGCAAAGUUGCUUGGCUUCAUAUCAAGCUCUGAAUCGAAGCUCCUCAUAUACGAAUAUAUGGAACAUGGUAGCCUGUAUGAAUGGCUGCAUCAGAAAGAUGACCCUACUAGUACAACUAGACGGUUGUUGAACUGGCCGAUAAGAAUGUCAAUAGCAACCGAUGCCGCAAGAGGGCUGUGUUACAUGCACCACGGUUGCUCUCCUGCUAUAGCACACCGUGAUGUGAAGUCCAGCAACAUCCUACUGGAUCCUCAGUUCAAGGCGAAGAUUGCGGACUUUGGUCUAGCUCGCGCACUGCUUAAAGCCGGUGAGCCAGAGUCGGUCUCGGCGGUGGUUGGUUCCUUUGGAUACAUUGCUCCAGAAUUCGGAAGCUCGAGAAAGAUGAAUGAGAAAGUUGAUGUGUACAGCUUUGGGGUGGUUCUUGUGGAGCUGGUAACAGGGAGGCGUGCAAAUGGUGGGGGCGGGUACGAGAAUUUGGCGCAAUGGGCAUGGAGGCAAUUUCAUCAAGAUGAGGACAUCCAUUUGACAAAUGUGAUUGAUGCAGACAUACGAGAUCCAGCCUACUCGCGUGAGGUACAACUGGUGUUGAAGCUAGGGCUAAUUUGCACCGGCACAAACCCAUCAUCACGGCCGUCGAUGAAGCAGGUUCUGCAGGUCCUACAGCGCUGAAAACACACGGUGAUGCAGUUCCAUGAAGCAGGUUCUGCAGGUCCUGCAACGCUGAAAAACACACGAUGAUGCAGUUCGUAAUAAGCCAUCUGAAUCAGAAGGUCGUCAAAAGUUUCAGAGACACGCCAUGGUGUUAUUCUUACUAGAUAUAAUUUUCUUUUCCAAUGAAACUGAAGCACGGCGACACACACAAUGUUUUUUUACAAGCAAUAAGAUUCAGCAUCUGUUUUUUUA